AUGUACAAACUUACUGGAUUUGCGCGUGAGAAAUUGAAUUGUCACAGCUGCUCGUCAUCACCAACUGCAGAAAUGGUCGCAACCCGACCAUCAAACAAGAAGCAUCCAGUACAGUCAGAGUUGGGUGAAAGUGACAUCAAUGACGACGACGACGACAGUGAUGAAGGGAAGUGUUCCCGUAUGAGAAGGUCAAGGUCAAGAAAGAAGCCUGGACCGACGUCGAGAGUCACCAAACAGGCAAAGAAAGCUGCAGCAACAAAGGCUGCAGCUCAACUCGAGCUGGAGAUGGCAGAGAUGGAUGCUCAGCAGGCUAAGCAAGACGUUAUGCUAGUAGAUCAAGAUAAGCGUGAUAUAGACGAGACCAGAGAUAACGACAACUCACCAGCAAGUCCUGAACAGCCACUCACAAAGUCCCAGAAGGUCCACAAAGAUGUUGAGGCCGUAAAAAGGUGUAUGUUGGAAAACAGGGGUGAAGUACUGGAAGGGGAUGAGACAGGUGAUACUGAUCAAGAUGUUGGAGUUGUUGGAGAGAAACGGCGAAAGGGCAAAGAUCGCGCCCUGAGUGACAAUGAUGGCCAGAGGCCCUCCAAUCAAAAACAUAAGCCUGACAUCUUACAUUUUUCUUCUCAACCGUCACUGAGUGGCCUUCAUGAAAACUGGCACCUACCGGUAGCGGUACCCCCAAAUUCUUUAACAGCCAAGACAGCAGGUGUAGUACCUCGCAACACUGUCCAUCCUGGUGGGUUCGAGGAUGAACACGAAGACCUCGAAGAUGAUGCGAAUCAGUGCUCAACGACGAAGGCACCUGUACUCGAAGAUAACGAUCCGCUAUUGGCUCCUUUGUCAAUUGAUAUAAUCAAGAAACCUCCUUCCAAGAUACCCGACCAAUCUGUCUCUGUCUCCACAACAUCUCGUGCAUCCCAGCAACCAGCACCCAUUCCUCUGGUCACGCACAACAAGAAACCGAAUGAACAGGAGAACGAGCAAUAUGACGGGGAACGGGACGAGCAGUGUGAUGGGGAAUGGGAGGAGCAAUGUGAUGGGGAACGGGACGAGCAAUAUGAUGGGGAACGGGACGAGCAAUAUGACAGGGAAUGGGAUGGGCAACUGGACGAGCAAAAAGGCAGGGAGAAUGAGGGCAGUUGCUAUAUUGCGCAACCCUACAGGCACUACAUGCGAAAGUUGAAAGUAGCUGGCCACCAACUCACAUGCCCUCCACCUGACAAAGCACAGUCCAAGCUCCGUCAAUCCUACAGGGACGCAGAUACGAAGGGGGGCCGUAACGAUGGAGCAGCCGCAAAUUGGAAACAGAAAAAGUCACUUAAUGCUCACUCCUUUAAAGCUGCUAAAAAUGCACAACACCUCAAAGGUCGUGAACCUGACACUGACGAAGAUACUGAUGGCAAUAAUGCCGACGAGGACGACAACACCGAUGCACAGUCACGUUUGCAUCGCCUUUUUGAUUCCCUCGUCAUUCCCAUGUGGAUUGAGUUCAUUUCCUGCCUCGACAACAUGUGGGACAUAUCUGACUUCGCUGAGGAGAUGCAAUCCAUGUGGGACCAUGCAAUGCCAAACAUCCCACACACAGUUUCUAGGCUUAUGCAAUGCGCGUAUGAUUACCACAGUGACUUUGGAGUGCGUGCCCAAGUUGUAAUAGCGAAGCACAUUGACAAGGAGGGCUGGACGCCCAAAGAGAUUUGUGAAGUCAUCACAUAUGUAACUCCGAAACAGCACAAGUGUGUCAAUGAUAAGGGAGAAACUAUCCUCGUCAAUCCUCCGGUUUAUCCUUACAUGUGGAAAGAGUGUAUCGGGGACGAGGCAGAUGCAGAUGCUUACUGUGGAGCUUUCGAAGAUCCUUGCAUCCUCGACACGUUCGUGCUGUACCUCAAGUCAAACGAGCAUGGAACAUGUGGUCAACGGGACAGUUUGUGA